AUGAAUUACUCCAACUAUGCUGGCCACCAAUCCCAGCCCUACUCGAUGUACGGGCUGCCAACCCCCGACCAACAACCACCGCAACAGACUGAGGACUCCCUCAACGAUCCAUUCUCUAUGCAGCACCACAAUACCUACAAUCAAUACUUCCCCGGACUGGAAGGCUCCCUGCGCAUCGACCCCUCAUCUUUUGUCCCGCCGCCACAUUCACCACCAGACUCUUUCACCAAACAUUCCGUCUCGAGUAAUGACUUCAACAAUUCAAAACUCGACCCGCCCUCAAUCGACGGCGAUGAAAAUCAUUUCGCGGAUGCUGGUAUCGCCCGCAGCAGCAGUGAAGAGAAAGAAUCCAUGACACCGGCGCAAACCAAGCGCAAGGCGCAGAAUCGUGCAGCUCAACGAGCAUUCCGCGAAAGGAAAGAACGUCACGUCAAAGACCUCGAAGACAAAGUCAACUCUUUGGCCGAAGCAUCAAAUACCCUCCAAGCCGACAACGAACGUCUAAAGCGCGAACUAGCCAAAUUCGCAACAGAAAAUGAAAUUCUACGCGUAACAUCCGGCUCUAUGAACGGUGGCGGCCCACAUAACCCCGCCAGUAGAGAACAGCCUCCCGUCACCGGUCCCAUGAAAUACUCCCCUACGGAUUUCUAUUCCACAUUGAUGCCCGAAGGGUCUGGAUGGGGUCCCGCGCCAGGGAGUAGUGCCAACGCACCACCGGCUUCGCAUCGGGUGAUGGUCUGUCAGAUCACGGGCGAGAGAUUACUUGAUGCGGGUGCGACCUGGGAUUUUAUUCAGUCGCAUGAGUCUUAUAAGGCGGGGCAGGUUGAUAUUGGGGAUGUUGCUGAUCGCCUUAAGGGUAUGGCCCAGUGUAAUGGGCAAGGACCUGCUUUUAAGGAGGGUGAAGUUUUGAGGGCUAUUGAGGCGAGUGUUGCUGACCGGGAUGAGUUGAUUUGA